UUAUACUCCCGCCGCCACGGGAAGAGCAGUAGAGUAAGAAAAGGGGCGCAUUAGGUGCACUUGGCUGGUUCGCUUGAUGGGGAAAAAGAUGUUUUGCAGAGGUUUUUGUGCGUAUUUGCGAUCGCUAGGGUACCGAUUGCUCUGCUAGCAUGUCCCGGGGCACUCCGGUCGCUUCGGCAGACACCCACAACUACGGCACUUGACUACUUCGCCUGCUGUCACGAUAUGUAAAAGGUUAUUUUGACUUUUUCUCAUGGCUCUUCCAGCAGAAGUAUUCGCAAGCUUGGAAUCAUGCGAUGGCUGCGACGUGGAGGAAAUCAAACAACUUGUGAACGAGAGCCUUGCCAACAACAAAGAUACAUCAAUUCUGUCCACCCUGGUUGAAUACUACUUGACAUCACGAUCUCAGCGGUGUUUGGAUGUCUUGGUCGCUAUCAGGGAAAGCAGUGCCAAGGACCUGUUCGACAAGCUUCAUGACUGUCUUAAAGGAAAGACAAGGCACUGUACACUUAAGCUAAUCACGAAUAUUGUGCACAGGCAGCCACCUUGGCUUCAUCACAUCACAAGUCACAAAAUUCUAAGUCACAUCAUCAUGGUGAUAAAGAGUGAUUCAGAGCCAGUGCAUAUCAUGCAGGCCAGCAUGAUCAUUUUUAGCCUCAUGCCAAUGCUGCCUGUGCAGUUUGGAACCUCUGCUCUUGCAGACACUUUUGAGGCUUUCUCAGUCCUGGCUGCACAGUGUACGAAGAGACCUAGUCACAUUCAUGAAAGCCAUCUGAUGUACUUGAAGCUGAGUCUGCAGAUUCUGUUCCAAUAUCUGUAUGGCAUGUACCCAUGCAAUUUUCUUGCCUACCUGCGUGGGUUCUAUGGCAGCCAGGACAACAGUCGUGAGAGGCUCACUGUUUACACCAAGACUAUACGGCCACUGCUACAAAGAACUCGUGUUCAUCCCCUGCUAGUCACUGCUUCUAAAGAUGCUGAGCUGAGUUCGGCGAGGUGGAAGAAAAUGCAGCCAUACGACAUUUUGAUGGAAUGCGGUCAGCACACGCUGGACCCAAAGGAACACAUAACCGAUAACAACGAAGCUACUUCGCCUCCUCCCGUGGUCCUAGGUGGAAGCAAUGCGACGUCACCACUACCACUAUUGCAGCCUCCUAAAGGACCGUUCGCCAAAGGGGAGGCUAUUGUGGCAUCUUCGGUGGUUUCAACGCCUUGCUGGAGCCCUGUGGAGGCCUGUGGCCUUGCUCCCGCCUGGAGAACUGUAGGAUACUCUAGGUCAUUGUCAUGUGAAAAACCCUACGAGAGCACAGAGGCUAGUUUGCCUCUCGACCUUGCCGUGGAAGCAACGCCAGAGGAAACGGGCUGCACAGGGUCAUCGCAGCAGGUAUCUCUGGAGUCAAAAAGUGACGUGGCCAGGAUUGCUGCAGCUGCCACCAAGGAUGACAUGCCUCUCAGGGAUCUUGGAAACAAGGCACUGCCGCAUGGUGGCGAUGCGCAAGCGGUGGCCGCAGCCAUGGCGGAGAAGAUCAUUUCUGUGCCAGGGGCCAGUGGUGGUGCCGUGGGGUGCGAGACACCUUUCUUCUCGACGACCAACAACCUGACCACGGAGCCACACAACUCGGUGUCCGAGCUUCCUGAGUACCAGGAGCAGCAGCAGCUGGCGCACAGCAUGGAUCGGCUGAGGUACUUCAGCCAGUGUCCCGUGCGGUGCUGCAGUGGCAGCAGCAGAGGCACGUCUCGUUCCACCCUGGAGCGCAGCCGUUCAUGCCCCCGGCUCCAGGAGCCGUUUGUGCGGCCUCGGAGGACAGCCGACAGGUCCAACCAGGGUGACUCUGUGGACGCCUGCAACCGUCACCGGGCCCCUGUGGCACCCACCAACAACCAGGUCUGCUCAGCAGCAGCGGCAGCAGCAACAGGGCACCAAGCACAAAAAGAACCUCCCCAACCUCCUCCCGAGGAUCCCUACCGCACGCUGCUCUCGUACUCACUGUCCAGGCCCCACCAGCAGGGAUCCGGGGAUGCCUCUAGCCUGGCCCUUGCCGACAUGUCACCUAGCGAGCUGCUCGAAAAGCACCUGCAGCUGGUCAGCAACUGCUACAUGCAACAGGCCCAGCUCGCCAAGAAGGGAAACAAGCAAAGUGGAAUGAGAGAAGAUAAAUCGGAAGAAGUGGAGUGUCUGAAAGGACAAGUGUGCCUGCUGUACGUAGUGCUCCUGUAUGAGCGGCACCGCAGAGACGUCCACAUGGAGCGGAACCGUCGUCUUCUAGCCAAGGCCAAGAAGAUUCUGGCUCUUGAAGAGCAAACUGCCGCCUAUAAGGACCAAUUGUUCUUGCUAGAGUUGGAGAUCAGGCAGUAUGAAGAGAGGCUGCAGAAGUCAUCCCAAGAGGCCAAGAAAGAAAAGGCAGAGCUGGAAGGAGCCAUCAAAAUGUUGGAGAGCAAAAUUGCGGAGUUACAGAUGAAGAAUGAAGUUCUGACUCGGGAGAACAGGUCUAUGGCUGAGCAGAUGCGCCACACCGAGUCGGCGAGAGCCACCCUUCAGAAGGAAGUGGACCGCAAUGCCAGCCUCCUCAUGGAAAUGGACAUGGAACUGGAGACGGCGCGCAGUCGGGCUGCCAUGAGCAGCAACUACCGGCAGCAGGUGGAAUCCCUGCAGAAGGAAUUGGUGGCCCUGGGCGAGAUGUACAAGCGGCUGGAGGCACGCCUGCAGGCCAGCGAGCCCCGACCUCAGACCGAAGCAGAGCUGGUCCUGCUUCAACAGGCAGCGCUAAGCGAAGUGACUGGUAUAAAGCACCAGCUGGAAACCAGACAGAACCAGGUGGAAUCGCUAAGCUCUCGCGUGAAGCAGCUAGAGGCAACUCUCUCAAACAGGGAUGCUAAGGUUCGUGACCUCAAGGAGCAGCUUGAACGCAUGGAAGCGAUCCACAAAGAACAGCUGCAGACCAAGGAGAACCGAAUCAACGCUCUGAUCAGUGUGUGCCAGAGAAUAGAAGCGCAUUUGGUCGAAGCCCGCUGCUGCACAGAGCAGAAACGAGAAUCGAGUUCAGAAGCAUCUGGGGGCUUCGAUGACAUGUGCGCCAGCAUGGAGCUCGACGGAAGCAGUCCAACGGUCGACCCUACCGGACUGUUGGGUUCUUACACUUCAAACACUGAGAUGACACCAGUUUCCGACAUGCUCAAAGAAGCAGAGCAGGCAAUGUGCUCUCCUGAACGGCAGCACAGUCCACUGCUGGAAGAGCUGGAGUUGAGUGGCACUGUUGAAGCCCAUGAGGAGAAACCUCUGAUAAAUGUAGCAGAUGAAAAUACAAGUCACCUACAAUGAGCAGCUACAGUCAAGCCUCAAAUGUAGAAACAUACUUAAAUCAUGAGGACUUGGAUUCAAGGCAGAGCCCUAUUUCACACUGAUUGUGUUGGUUACAAACCUUGCUAAAUACACUUAAUGCAGCACAUGUGUCUGGGAAAUCAUAAACUGGCUGCAUGUUUCUGGACCUUGCUGGCACUUCUUCUAAAAAUGUUUCCUAAUUAGUUACUGUUCUUAUAGAAAAAAUAAAGGGGGAAUUGUGUGAGAAUUGCGUACUGAUGAACAUAUUGAAGGUGCAGAUUUGUUUGCAUGGUUUUGGCCUUGCCUGUCAAGGGGUGUGUUGGGCUUUUUUUUUUUUUUUUUAAUCACUGUGGUCAUGGAGGCUUUGUAUGAAACAAGGGAAAGUUCACGUUGAUGUUGGCUCUGAGUGGAAAUGUUAUUAAUAAAGUUUUUGUACAUACCUCUAAA